UCGUAGCGUAGUUCAGCAGUAACAGUAGUAGCAGUAGUAGGGGUGCUUGCCAUCAGUUCGUUUGUUGUGUUGUGUUGUGGAGAUUAGGGCCCCGCCUCAACGUCGACGAGGUCAGCAAUUUUCUUUUUUUUGCGCUGCUUACGUGGAGCGUCGCCAGCCUGAGCAGCAUCUGGGAACGUGGCAACGUCGGGAUCUGCCGUCGCGGCAAUGUCGAUAAUGACGAUGUCAUCGCCUUCCAUUGGAGGGAUUAGCUCGAUGCUGAGGUUCGCCGAGAGAUCGGCUUCGGCUUCGGCUUCGGCUUCGGUGUGUGGCACACCGGUGUCGCAAGCUGUCGCACACUCGCCACCAUGGCUGCCGCUCGAUGGACGAAGACGACGAGGAAGGCGGAGAGAAGGUCCUCUCGGAGCAGGAGGGAAGAUAUGGCAGUCGUCUUCCACGUUCUCGACCACCAAGUUAUGGGGGGAAGGAGAAAAAAGAACGGCUAUGGCGGCGAUGGCGGCGAUGGCGUGGAGGAGGAGGGCGACGAGUCUGAGGAAGUCAUCUGCAGAUGAUGACUUCCUCAUCACGUCCUCCGCUAAUUAUUACUGGGCAAGCUCAAGGAAGAAGACGAUCAUGGUAAUGGCAGCCGCUACUAGUAGUAGCGGGAUGAUGGACGGUCGGGAUCGCUCUGCCGGGGUUGAUGAUACGGGGGCCAGACCUUCGGAAGGGGCGACGGUCGGGAUCCCUCUGUUCCCUGCUUUAGUGGAUCGCGCUCGGAAGGUGGCUCGGCUAAGGGAGUUGAUGACAACUGUGCCGGGCAUUCAUCAGGGUCCAGCUUGUCAUGAUGCAAUCAGUGCGAGAUUGGUGGAGAGGGCAGGAUUUGAUGUCGCCUUCAUGAGUGGGUUCUGUGUUGCUGCAUCGCGGCUAGGCCUGCCUGAUUGCGGGCUAAUUUCUUAUGGUGAGAUGGUGGAACAAGCAUUCCUGAUAGCAUCUGCAGUUUCGAUUCCCGUCAUUGCUGAUGGAGAUACUGGGUAUGGCAAUCCGUUGAACGUCAAAAGGACUGUUCGGGGCUACAUGCAGGCUGGAGUUGCAGGGAUUCUCAUUGAAGAUCAGGUUCUUCCAAAAGCGUGCGGACACACAAAGGCGAAAGGAGUGGUGUCGAGAGAGGAGGCGGUGAUGAGGGUUCGAGCCGCAGUGGAUGCGCGUGCAGAAUGUGAUGGCGACAUUGUCAUUUUUGCUCGCUCGGAUGCUCGCCAGGCUGUGUCGUUUGAAGAAGCGUUGUGGAGAGUUCAGGCUUUUGCCGACGAGGGGGCGGAUGUGGUCUUCAUUGAUGCCCUUGCUUCGGUGGAGGAGAUGCAGACCUUUUGCCGAGACGUCUGUCCAGGAGUACCGAAAAUGGCAAAUAUGUUAGAAGGUGGGGGAAAGACGCCGAUCCUUGGCUUGGAGGAGCUGGAGGCUAUGGGGUUCAAGAUUGUUGCGUAUCCGCUGUCCUUGCUGGCCGUCUCUGUGCGGGCCAUGGAGAACGCGCUGCAUACACUGAAGGAGGGGGAAAUGCCACCUCCGUCAUCUCUUCCAUCAUUUGAAGAAUUCAAGGAUAUUGUUGGGUUCAACAAAUACUAUGCAGAAGAGGAACGCUAUCGGACUAAGGGAUCUGUUGCGCAAGCGGCAGUGAGUGCUGCAGCAGAGGCAAGCGUGUCUGACGCCAGUAUCCUUUCUGACUUGUCAGACGCUUCGGUCAUGGAGGUGGAUGGGUUGGGAGGAGAAGCACGUGAGGCAGAGGAAGAAACUCCGGCAGCUGAAAAAGACGUGCGGGAAGGCAUGCCCGUAGAGAGUAAGGAGUCCGACACAGCGGUGGAGGUGGAGGUGGUAGAGGGAAUCGUGCUAGCGGAAGGGGAUGACGACGGUGACUCCAGGGGACGGCAACGGACUAAGAGACUGCCGAAAGGAGGGAGGGCAUUGAGACUGAAGAUCACUGGCCAGAAUGGUGCUGUGAAGCUAGAGACGCGAUUUCCGGCGGACUUCAUCGAUAAUGUUGCGAGCGUCAUUCCAGGAGUCGCGGGCGUGAAUCUGAAAAAAAUUCUGGAUGAAGCACCGAUUUACGGCAAUGAAGCGGAGCCAGGAAAGACUAUCGUAGACAUUCAAGACAAUGGGAAUCGCGUGCAGGUUUUCCUUGAGUAGCCAGGUCUGCUGAGAAGCUGAUCUUCUAUGGGCACCCUUGUG